AGGUUUUCAGACAGUUCUGAUGAGGGUCAUGUUGGAGCCAUUGGGUGGCACCUUACUGUACUUCCGCCUGACUAGUCGCCUACACCUUUCAAAAGUCAGUUUCAGACUGUGUAAAUGAACUUAUGCAAAUAAAGAGUCCCAGUUAAGCCGAAUUCAGCCAACGGACCACGCGGUUUAGGCUAAAAAGGUGUGGAGGCUUGAUAAGGUGCUUAUUUAGUCAUGACCUUGAGGACUUUCUACCAAUAAGAAAUGUAUGCUGAGAAUUAGCGGGAGGGUGGUUUGUGGCAGAAGAAAACUGAUAAGCUACAGUACAACGAGCACACACAUGCACACCAACAAUAGGAGGACCCCGCCAGACAGGCUCUAAUUGAGCUCCCUCCCCUCUCCUCCUCUCCUCCCCUCUCCUCUCCUCCGUCUCCCCCAGGGCUGCUGGCUAACUUCUCGUCGACACACCGCUGCACUUCAGUUUAUUUUGGACUGGAUACGUCGAGCAGCGAAGACAUGGCUUUGCUGUACAGAACAUUUCUGCCGCUGUUCCUUCAUAUCUUCCUCCUCAGCGGGAGCGUGUGGACCAAGGUGGAGCUGUCUAUGCAUGAGAGUGUUGAAGUGUAUCUGGGUGACUCAGCUCAGAUCCCCUGCCAGUACAGCUUCACCAAUGGAUACAAUAUGUCCAGCUUUGUCAUGAUCCAGUGGUUUGUGAGUUUUGCCGGUAACAAUUCACGGGUGCGGAUCUUCUACGCUGAUGGCAAUCAGCAGAUUGCGGACAACAACACAGAAUACACUGGUCGCAUCACAGUGACUUCAGACCAGAAGGGAGCUCAACUCACCAUCCAAGACAUCCAGAUCUCUGACAAGAGGGAAUUUUUCUGCCAGGUUAAUGGGCUGGCUGCUGGGAAUGCGGAGGGCAAGACCCAUCUCAGAGUGUUUGCUCGCCCGGAGGCUCCAGUGAUCGAGGGUGUUCUUGAUGGAAUAUCUGUGACCAACAAGCACCCGUCAAAGGUUGCAUCAUGUGAGGCUCGUAACGGCUUCCCUAAACCCAACAUCACCUGGUACAAGAAUGGCGUGCCACUGAUUUCUAAGCCAGGACAUGUAAAGAUGUUGAUUCUGGUGACACGGGAGUACAGUGGCUUUUACUCCGUCCAGAGCACACUAGAGUACAAGGUGGUCAAGGAGGACAAGGAUGCCCUUUUCUCCUGUGAGGUCAGCUUCUUUGUUCCUGGAGCUGUCAGGACAGUCGAGUCCGACAGCAUCAACAUCACUGUUCACUACCCCACCACCAUGGUGAAAAUGUGGAAGGAGUCGCCCCAGGGCUUGGUCAAAGAGGGGGAUACUGUGAAGCUGCGUUGCCAGGGUGAUGGCAACCCCAUUUUCAACAGAACACAAGAACCGGAUAAAGACUUGAAGGGCAAUGGUGAUUCACUGAUCCUGCCACCAGUGUCACGGAAAGACAGUGGCAUCUACCAGUGUCGCCCUCUGGACAUUGAUGGAGACACCAAGGUCAAAGGAGAAAUGCAGCUGACUGUGCACUAUUUGGAUCCAGCUGUGGUGGAACCUAAAGACUCAGAACUUGUGGUCAGAGGAGAACAUCUGAUUGCAACGUGCAAUGCUCUGUCCUCCCUGAAAACACACGUUGUCUGGUACAAGGAUGGGAAGCAGGUAGGUCAGAAUAACACACUGCCCCUGAAUGAUGCCACCUAUGAGACAACAGGAGAGUACACGUGUGAGGUGUCUGUUCCCUCCUUCCCUGCCCUGCACACCAGCGGAUCUGUUCACAUCAUUGUCCAUGGUGGUCCCCAGUUGCUUGGGGUGGAUCAGGUGUUGCAGGCGGAGUCAGCAGGCAGGGUGGUGAACCUGAGCUGUGAGGCAGUGGGCUACCCAGUGCCCAGCAUCUCUUGGAACAUCGUCGGCAGCCAGUCCUGGGAUGAGGUGGUGAGCAAGGCAAACGAGCACAUGGCUCACAGUGUGGUGUCAGUCAAAGUCACCUCAGACAUCAACGCUCUCUGCAACGUUUCAAAUAACAUGGGUGCUGAAGUCAAAAUUUUCAGCAUUAAAGCCAUUCCCAGCAUCACCUCCGCUGCUCCCUUCUCUCCUGCUGAGGGCAGUGGGGUGAUCAUAGUGGUGAUCAUACUGUGUCUGCUGCUGCUGGCCACCCUUGGCAGCAUUCUGUACUUCCUGCACAAGAAGGGGAAGAUCCUUUGUGGACGCUCGGGGAAGCAGGAGAUCACCAAAGAGAAGACCACCAAAGAUGACAUUGUUGUGGAGAUGAAGACCAACACAAAGAAUGAGGAAGCUAUCCUCCUAAAGGCUGUCAAUGGAGACAAAAAGGGCCCUAAUGACCAGUAAAGUCCCUGAUUGUAAAGCAGCAAUGUUGUGCUGCAGGAUACAGGACAACUGAAGCCAGCAGUCAGUGUGCGUUGAAGCAGAGGAGGCAGUUGACGCUCCCACUGAUUUGAGAUCUGCAGGGUAACACCACCUCAUACUCUGGACAUCCCCAUUCAUGCUUUGUUCUGAGCAGUAUUCAGUUGAUUUACACAGGACCACACACAGGCACAUGCAGCUAUCUAUGUACAGAUGUGUAUUUUAUUUUAAAUGAACGUUUGCUUCCUCGACAUUCAGUUUCUCCAUUUGUUUCCUCAAAUGGUGUUCAGUUUUUGGCUGUUGUUCAGUGUGUGUGUUUGACGAUGUCUUUUAUGCAUCGGCGACUUUUGUUUUUCCUAAAAGUGUAUGUAUUAAAAAUAUUUUGUUAUUUAAGAUAUUGCGGCACUCAGAUUUUCAUUUCACGGUAGCAUCUGGGUCAUGCGCACUUUGGUCCUGGUUCAUGGGUCCAGGUGCAGCAGCUUACUGUUGAUUAAGUCACACUGAGAGAAGGCGUGUUAGUGUUGUUUGCUUCAGUUUGAUUUUGACACCAAUAUUUGUAGAUUUUGCCCAACAGUAACGACAGUAGGCGUUUCCUCCAGGAUCAGUGUUUUGUUGAGGUGGGAUCAGCACCAGGAGACACUAAAGCUUGAAAUGCAGGAUCAUCUUAAUCGUAACAAUGUCUAAAUAAAAAAACCUGUCAGUCAGACACUGGUGACCUUCUUUUGCAAUCUGCUGUCAAGCCUUUGUACUGUCUGUAAAUACAAGUAGUGUACAAACCUGCUAGAGGUGAUCUUGGACUGUUACUGAAGGUGGACGUUGGUGAUCUGCUGUGCCUGUUUUGAGAAUGCAUCAUACACUGAAUUUUUUUUCCUUUUUUGUUCUGAGUGUUUUCUUUGUUAGCUGGGUGUGUUUAAGCCCUAUACCGUGAGUACAGAACUGCCAAUGUUACAUGUUGCAAGUUUUGAAAUGGAUCUUUUCGAGCAUUAGGUUUUGUUUUUCAGAGCCAGAGACAGACACUUGGUUGAUUGAAAAAAGACGUCACUGACUAUCACUGACAAGCCCCGGUCCUCAGACUCCUCUAACAAUCUGUAUAAAAAAAAAAUAGGAUCAUAAUAUGAGAGAAGAAUUUUCCCCAAAAUUCAUCCCAAUUUCCUAAAUCCAAAAAGAGAUGAUAGCAGGAAGUGACAUAUAUCACCUUCACUGUUGUGAACCAAGUUAUAUUAUUGUUAAUGUUUGUACUGCUAAUGUAAAUUUUUUUUUUAAAUGCAUCUAAUUUCCAGCUAUGUUUUCAGAUAAAUAGUGGGAAUAAAUGGGUAACAAUCUUAAACAUUGUGCAACAGGUGGAAUAGUUAUUUCUAUACUGUUUAAAAGAGGCUG